UUUGCGCCAAAGGCAAGGGAGCACCCUAGCUCUGAGCUCGUCGCUCUCUUUCUCUCGCCGGUGUGUGCCCUCGUCACCGGGGUUUCAAAUUUGCUCAAAGCAAUCAAGGGUUUCAAAUUGGAUUAGCUGAUGGAAGUGUAAAGACUUGGUAAUGUGGCUCAGCUCCACGGACAGAACUUUUUGAAACAAAGGUGAUGGAAUCAUAAAUCAUGCUGAGAACUCAAACGUCAUUUCCAACUUCCUCUGCUAAACAAAAGCAGAUAGGUAUCAUUGGAAUAAAAAAGUUCUCCUUUGUUCAAACCCCCGGAGGAUUUACCAGACAAAAGGCAAUUCAGCAUGUUGUCAAGUGUUCCAACAAUCAAAGUUCUCGACAAAUAAUCAAGUUAAAUGCUAUAGAGGGGAAAAUUAUCAAAAAGCCAAGCAAGGCAGAACACCACUUAUGGAGUAGGAAAGAUUCUGCUGCAUCCGGGCAAAAGGCACUUAAUCUUGUUCGAAUUGUUUGUGGACUGCCAAAUGAGAAAGAAGCUGUUUAUGGAGAACUUGAUAAAUGGACAGCUUGGGAGACGGAGUUCCCGGUUAUAGCAGUAGCCAAGGCUCUUAAUAUCUUAAAGAAGCAGAAGCAAUGGAGACGAGUGAUUCAAGUGUCCAAAUGGAUGUUUGGCAAAGGUCAAGGAAUGACAAUGGGAACAUUUGACACCCUCCUACUGGCAUUUGAUAUGGACCAAAGGGUAGAUGAAGCACAGUCAUUUUGGAACAUGAUUUUGCAUACACAUCAAAGAUCCAUCUCAAGAAGGUUGUUUUCAAGAAUGAUAUCCAUCUAUGCUCAUCAUAACAUGCCUCAGAACAUAAUAGAGGUGUUUGCAGACAUGGAGGAACUCGGGGUAAAACCAGACGAAGAUACCGUGAAGAAAGUUGCCCGUGCUUUUCAGAAAGUAGGUGAAAAGGAGAAACAACAACUAGUCCUUAAGAAGUACCUAAGUAAAUGGAAAUACAUCCAUUUUGAGGGGGAACGAGUGAGGGUUAAACGAGAUGCAUGGAGCGAAUAGAAUCAUCUUCUACGCACCUACAUUACCAAUUUAACGGUAUACUAACGACUUUGUGAAGGCAAAUGAACCAGUUCCAAUUUGCGAGCUUAUGAGUUUCAACGGCAACCUUGAAGCACCGUCAAACCCAGAUAACCGCUGGCUACAUGGGUUCUAGGUCAUUUGGUUUGUUCUUGUUAAGGGCCAGCAUGAUUGAGGCUCAACUUUUGUGAAAGGUAAUGCAAGUUAUUUCUUCUGCCUUUGAACUAGUGUUAUAGCCACAAGCCCAGCAUAUCCCAUGUGGAGGUGGGGACGUGGGGUCUAGUGGUGGGAUCUAUACAGACCUGUCUUCUAUCAAAAGGAGCAAAACAGUUGUUUAUUUGCAGUUGUUUUAUGGCUACAAGUAUGGAAUUGUAUGUAAUACGUAUAUGCUUAUUUUCAUAUAUAAUCAAUAUAAUUUCUUUUUUAGUAA